AUGAUACCCACCGCUUCUCACCCUCUCACCCCUGCGUUCGCCUCAACUGGAUCCGACUGUUCAAAUGCUAGCCCGCUCCCUCCUGCCCUCGACAUAUCUUCAUCACUGACUUUACCUGCUGGCCACCAUCCUGCCACUCCUCGAUUCUUGCUUUCGCUGCUCGCUACUGCUGUGUAUCUCUCUAUACCCUCCGUCGCAUCCCAAGCGUUGUCUGCCAUCGUUCGUACCAUCGGACCUCACACUGCCGUCCGCUACCUCAACUUUGCUAUUGGUCACGGGAUCGGGCCGCCUGGUACUCCCGAGAUCGCUAGCAUUGGCAUGGACCAGGAGAUCGGAGCCGCAGCAGGCUUAGAAGAUGUCGCGGAGCUCAUCAAAGAAGACGACAUCUCUUACGAGUCUAUCGACCGCUCUACAGAAUCUCAGCACAAACGUGAGGUGGGCAAGGAUGCCGCAACAACUUCCUCGAGUAGCGCCAAGAGAGAAACCGCCAAACACACUCACAACCACGGCACGCCAGACUCGGACGCCGAAUCUGACAGCGAGAGCGAGGGGAAUAGCACCUUCCAGAAGGCAAAGUCCCAAGACAUGCUCCAUGCUCAGCCUACAGAGCCGUGCUAUUAUUACGGCGCAGUAUCGGACAAGGUUGGAGAAGCCGCGGCGUGUUGGCUGACUCGCUGGGGCGUCGACAUACUGCGAUACGAGGAGCAGGCCAUCGUGUCAGAUACGGCCGAGAGAGGAGGAACGGACCAGAAGGUCCCUUGGUCCCCUUCUCCGCAUCACGUUCAGUGGGCGGGCGACAGGCCAGCUUCUGCGCCUCCGGAGACGGCUAAUUCUAGGUCUGGUGGCAGGGUAGGGGGCUCUAACCCACAGCCAGUCGCACCGGUGGUAUGGCGGAGGGGCGGGCUCAGCGCUCGUUGGAUACGGGGCAUCAUCUCCUCCGAUGCGCUAUUCGUAAGGGGCGAAAAGGAGCGGUAUGAGAUGGCAAAAAAUGUGGUCGAGAUGAGGAGGGCGGCUAGCGCUAUGGACGGCUCAGGAGAAUCGGAAGAACUCGAGGAACUCGAGUUUGGACGGCUUUUCACUGAGGGCAUCUACUACGCCAAUAUGCAUUUGGACGACCUGAUGAGCAUCUCGAAGGAUGUUUCACGCUCGACUGGCAAGCCGUUCGUGCCACUUGCAACCCUACAGGCCGCUCUAUGGAAUCAGUCGACGUUAUAUCACAAGAUAACUCAUAGACCUGCAGGUUCCGCAUCGCCUUCGCUCUCACCAACAAACGCUACGAAGGAGUUAGGCCUUGGUACAGCGACUGCUAACAUCGAGCAGCUGGCAUCACAUCCAGACGAGUCCUUGAAGGCAUUCUACCCUGUUCCCGGCGACUCUUCCCUCCGUUUGGGUGAUAGCACCGGUCUUGAAGGCGCCUCGAUGGAUCAGCUGUUUGAUCCUCAAUAUGGGAGUGGAAAGAGGAGCACACCCUUGGCCACCGAGGCCAACUUCUUUGGACUCGAACAGGCCCGUCGGCCUGCCACUGCGUUUGCCUCAUCCAGCUCACCCCUGUCUGCACCGGUGGAUCCCGAGGCCAGGUGGACGGCCCACCCGCCCUUCCGAUUCGCGGUGGAGUUCUGGGACGUUGACGCACUGAAAGAGAAGAGCCGUCUGCAUUCUCACACUGUCUGGUACGCCGGCAGCUUGUACAACGUCUACGUCCAGGUCGUACGCAAGAAGGGUGUUCAGCUCGGCAUAUACCUCCACCGGCAGUCCACGGUGGACCCGAUACCCCCGUCUUCUGCCCCUACUGCCGGCAUGCUGUCUCCGCCCCCACGGGACAGGAGCGUCCGGGGUCGAGGCCCGUCAUCAUCCGUCUCGAGCCCGCGUCCUCCCUCUGCAAUGAGCGGGCUGUCUAUCCCGCGUUCACCACUUAGGCCGAGCGGGCCCCCUACCCCGGCUACCCCAGUCGCUCCAGGGUCGCCCAUAGCGGCUGCUCUUCCCGCAGCCCCCGCCUUCUCUCGCUCAUCCACAACCCUCCACACUUCUUCGACUAGUGUGGGGUCGAUCACGGUCGCGUCGCCCGUCUCUCUACCAGCCACGGCCCCCCCGGUGACCCCACCGCAACCGUACCGCGAUCCUCGUCCUGCGGUCAGCGCUUACUUCACCAUCGCAUGUGCAAGCGCGACGGGGGCGAGUUUGACGCGAUUCACGAGCGCACCUGAUGUGUUCUCGGUCAGUCAAAGCUGGGGCUGGAAGUCGAGCUCGCUGAGGACAGAGGAGUACCUGGAGGUUGAUGCAAACGGUCAGCCUGCCCCUGUGAUCAUACCUGCGGGAAGGGAGGUCAGCCUGAGGGCAACGGUUGUUUUGGGAGUCGUGUAA